AUGGCCGCCACGGAAGAACUCUUAGGACUCUUGGGCCCGAACCUCCAGACCAAGGAUGGCGUGAAGCCGACCUCCGACGUUCUGAAAGACAAGAAGGCGGUGCUCCUGUACUUCUCAGCGCACUGGUGCCCACCGUGCCGUGGCUUCACGCCCAUCCUGGCCAAGGCCUACAACGAGUACGCCGCGAAGGACGUGGAGGUCGUCUUCGUGUCCAGCGAUCGCGAUCAGGCCGGCUUCGACGAGUACUACGGAGAGAUGCCGUGGGCCUGCCUGCCCUAUAGUGACCGAGGCAAGAAGGACGAGCUUGCGACCAAGUUUGGUGUCCGGGGCAUCCCGAUGCUUGUCGUGCUGAAGCCCGACGGCACGGUGGCGUCGGAGAACGGACGCGGGGAAGUGCAGGGCAACCCUGACAUGAAGGCAGCGCUCGGCGCUUGGGGCCUCUGA